GGGGCAGCGGGCUGCCGCUGGCGGCCGGAAUCCACACGCAGCCCGGGUGCGCACUCUCUCCCGUGGUCCCGAGUCCCCGCUCCCGGGCGCCCUGUAUGAGUGACGCCUCGGUCUGCCAUGGAGCCUGGCCCUGCCCUGGCCUGGCUCCUGCUCCUGAGCCUGCUGGCGGAUUGUCUGAAAGCUGCACAGUCCCGAGACUUCACGGUCAAGGACAUUAUCUACCUCCAUCCUUCAACCACCCCAUAUCCUGGUGGAUUUAAGUGUUUCACCUGCGAAAAGGCAGCCGACAAUUAUGAGUGCAACCGGUGGGCUCCGGAUAUCUACUGUCCUCGAGAGACCAGAUACUGCUACACUCAGCACACAAUGGAAGUCACGGGAAACAGCAUCUCGGUCACCAAACGCUGCGUGCCGCUGGAAGAGUGCCUGUCCACGGGCUGCAGAGACUCGGAGCGGGAAGGCCACAAGGUCUGCACUUCCUGUUGUGAAGGAAAUAUCUGUAAUUUGCCACUCCCCCGAAAUGAAACUGAUGCCACAUUUGCCACGACGUCACCCAUAAAUCAGACAAAUGGGCAGCCACACUGCGUGUCAGUGAUAGUGUCCUGCCUGUGGGUAUGGUUGGGACUCACCUUGUAGCAGCUCACAGGUGGAUGUGUAGUAGGGAUCCGUGGGGAUCUGGACGGCCCAUAGUCAUGCAUGAGUCACUGGCCUGGCAACAGUCACACAGGUGAAGCCACCACAGUCGAGGAUGUUUCCUGGCCAAGCAUUUCCACUCCCCAUGAGGAACAAGCAUUGCUUCAAUGUUGUCAUUUCAAGGCUGAGACCUCAUCCAAGCCAGCCUGCCCCUAACAUAGUCCGAGUUCUAUACCACGCACCUUUGUUUUCACUCCAAGAAAUCUUCCUGCAUUUAUUGAGAUCUGGGCUCUUAGUUUGGAAGAUAUGCAUGAACCACAGGAGGUCCUGGGACCCUCUGAGAGCUAGGCAACGUGAACAGUUGUGUGCGCUUUUAGGAGAAUGUUAAAGGACUAUUGGUUUAAAUAUAAUCAUGGAUUCACUUAUAGCUUGAGAAUUUGAAAACUUUAAUUGCAAAAUGAAUGGAUCGUUUCCUCGGCGAGUCCUACUAAGUCUCUAGGAAAGUAGUGAGCAAUGUGUCCACUUCCAUUUUUCUACAUUCUUCUCCCAGUGGGUCGUAUUCCCUCUGCUCUGUGUGGGAGAUGACGGGGGGCAGGAGGUUGGAAAAGGAUUUUUUCUAACUUAAUGGAACUAGCUCCUGUAAAAUGGAUGUUUAUCCCUCACAUAAUUGGCGAGGUCGGGCACCUCGUUGUGCCUGGACCAGUGGGUGUUCCAGGAGCCCCACAGCAGGACUGGGUUAUUUUCUGCAGUCAUGGGGUUCUAUACAGACAUAGUGAAUUUAGGCAGAGAAAUGAGUUCUGAACGUGUGGAGGUUGAUCCUGGCUCAUUGUGAGGGUCCAGUGUGGGGCUCAGCCAGAUCUUCCUCCAUCAGCAAGUCAUGCUGCCCAAGAGCCCUCCCUGUCCUUCCUCUCUCGAAUCCCCAGUGACUUCAGGGGGAAGGUUCUGCAGUACAUUGUCUGGAUGUUAACAAGGAAAGAAGACACAAUACCCUAGGAUGAGAAGUAGGGGGACCCAGGGUGGCAGGGAGACUAGUGAGCACACUCAGUGGGAAGUGUUGAUUUCUUUAGCUUAAGUAGACAGUAAAAAUUUCACCCUCCUUCCUAUAUUUUUGGCAUCCUGAGUUACAACUUUUUUCUUCUUCCUUGUAAAUCAUGGAUACAAUAUUUAUUUUUGUAUGGCAUAACUAGAAACUAAAAUAUAUUGUAAAAGAUUCUUUAUUCUGAACAAAACGAUCAAAUCAGAAUCCUUAUUUUUCAACAGUGGUAGAACUUGUGAUAUAUGUGUGUUGGACGUUAUCUAUAGUACUUGCACCAGUGUUGAAAAAAUUACUUGUGCUGUGAGCAGAAGUAACGUGGUGGCUUCCAGGCUCUGCUCACAGCUUCCUCAGUGGUGUGGUCCCAGAAGGGGGUGGUGACCAUCCCUGGAUGACUUCCUCUGCGGGUUGUGGGGCUCGUUUGCAUGGAACGUGGUGAAGCCCUUGCAGAUAAAGAAGACAGUGUUGUCAGGGUCCGUCUGUUCUGCACAGGAAAUGUCUCUGGCUCAUAAAAUGAGACCUCCUCAGGGACCAAAUAUGAACUGACAGUGGUAACUCUGAUACACACUCAUCUAAAUUGCAUCAAAUGGCCUUAAUCCAGAGUUUAGCAGGCUUAUCAAAAAGUUGCUUAUCACUGGGGUGGGGAAUUAGAGGGAGAGAAAGCAAGACAUUUAUUAAGCACCUCUUAUGUGCCAGGCACUACGCUAAGCACUUUACAUAAGUUAGGCCAUAUAUAUACUUCCUACAAGAACCAUGUAGGGAAAUCACUAGUAUUUACACUUUAUAGAUGAAGGUGCCGAGGCUCUAAGAGACUCAAUAACAUGAAGCCUCUUCCUUCUGAUUUAGGAUAGAUGGGAUGAGGCGGGAUUGGAGGGGAAGCAAAGGCAGAAUUACCACCGCUCGGGAAACUUGCAGGCCUGACUUCAUGGGCACUUGGCCAUCUUACCAUGCGGAGUUUGUCCAGUCCUGCCUCUGCGGGUGCCAUUUGCAUGUGU